CCACUUGAUCUUAUUUCUAACUUAUCGGAUUCUUGGGUAUCUGCUCUCCCAUUCUUUUCCAGUUGAGGAAUUUCUUUUUUGUUCUUAGAAACUUUGGAUUAAGAUAAUGAGGAAGCCGUGUUGUGAUAAACAAGAUACCAACAAAGGAGCUUGGUCUAAGGAAGAAGACCAGAAACUCAUAGAUUAUAUUCGAAAACACGGCGAAGGUUGUUGGCGUUCUCUUCCUCAGGCUGCAGGCCUCCUUCGUUGUGGCAAAAGUUGUAGGCUAAGAUGGAUAAACUAUCUUAGGCCAGACCUUAAAAGAGGCAACUUUGGUGAAGAUGAAGAAGAUCUCAUCAUCAAGCUUCAUGCGCUCCUGGGAAACAGGUGGUCAUUAAUAGCUGGAAGAUUGCCUGGACGAACAGACAAUGAAGUAAAGAACUAUUGGAAUUCUCAUUUAAGGAGAAAGCUUAUAAACAUGGGGAUUGAUCCAAAUAAUCAUCGCUUGAACCAGAAUCUCCUUCGUUCACGUAACCCGCCAAAUCCUGCUAAUGCAACAUCAUCUGGAUUGAAAAUUCAGGCCAAACAACAGCCGACAAAGCCCCGCGUUGACAGUGAGCAAACAUCGGAUGCCGGAAGUUGCUUAGAGGAUGAUCAAUGUGCCUUGCCUGACCUAAACCUCGACCUCACAAUGAGCAUUCCUUCUUCUUCAAUUGCCCAUGUUGAAGGGAAUCAAAAGGAUAACGAGUCUAAUUUUUUGAGGCCACAAAAGAUUGCCCCUUCUUCCAACCUUCUUCUCUCCCAGUAGCAAACAAUUCCUUUCUAAUUCUGGACACCCUGAAGAAUGUGUUUAGUAGGGACUGAUGGGUGAAUUAAGCCUCAUUUGUAAAUCUUGACUUGGAAACAAUGAAAUGAAUUCCCUUUGGAAACAUCACGAGAAAAGAAGCAAGGCAACCUGACGGAUCAGGAGAUGCUAUGGUUUCAGGUCACUAUUAAUUAUAUAUGAGUAGUGAUCCGUUGCUUGGUGUUACCUGAAGUGCGAUCUCGAUCAAGCAUUGUUCAUUCACAUUGGGCAUGGAUUAAUUAAUUCAUGAAGGGAAUAAUUAAUUUUCUGUCGCCAUGUUAAAAUAGCUGAGUUGGACAUGUAUGUUGUAUCGAUUACAUUUAGAAUAGCAGAAAACAUGAUUAAUAUUUGAAAUUUUGAUUCUUCUUCA